UGGCCCAGCUGGGGUUUGGGUUUUGGGAACCGCAGAACGCCGCGGAGGUAGUCGUUACCCGUCUCUGUUUCGCUUAGACGCAGUUGCUUUCCUGGUGUGAGGAGGUCUUCUAGCAGCCGCCCUGCCUUUGUGCUUUCAGCGCUGGUACUGUGAUGUACAGCCCUGAAGAGUUCCCCCCUAUUCAUUUUUUCCCCCUGCAGAAAUGAAUCUCAUUAUGGAAAGUGCAAAGCUUUAUAAAGGGAUAAAGUUUGAAUUUUAUGGAGUGUAAUUUUGUGUAUGAAUCACAUUUUUAAUAUAUAGUUUUCAUAAAGAAAGCUAGUAAAUUCUGGUACAUUCUGUGUAAACAUUAAUUCUAUUAGUAAUAUAGUGUUAGGCAUUUGUGAUAACAAAAGAGCUGUCUUGAUAAAUUGAUUCCUCAUUUAUCAUGACUGAUACCAUAUCUGAAUGGUCCUUAAAUGAAAAUCAGUUUAUUUAAAAUUUUUAAUGCAAUAUAGAAAGUGUGUGUUGUGGAAAUUUUAUGGCUGAUUUUAUGGAGAAAAUACCGUCAGUUGACCAGGUAUAAUAAAGAGAUAUGCACAGUUAAGAAGAAAGACAUUGUGAUACUGCAGGAAAUAGAAACAAAAUAGAUAAUGUUUAGCAAAGGUAGAGGAGUUAACAGUGAGCUUUAAACAAUAUUCAUUUGACAUCUCUUAUAACAGGUGUGGGACACAAUAAGGCUUUGGGUGUUGACUUCCCCAAAAGUUGUUGGCUGAAGCUAACAUAAUCCACUUAAGUCAAUUCUGUGAUAAGUUGUGUGCAGUUAGCUUUUAAAUAAUGUGACCCUUUGAAAAUUUUAAUUACUUAUUUGCUAGAAUAAGAUGGGAUUAUUUUGGAUUUCACAGUAAAGUGCUUGUAAAGGGGAAAAAAGCCUAAAUUUAACUUUACUUUUGUGGCAUAAACAGUAAUUGUCCUUAUAUCUAGACUUUAUAGCUUGUAACCAAAAGCAAAUUAAAAAACAUAAUUUAUGUAUUCUAUAGUUACUUAGAAUUUUGAGAAUAUAAACUUCUUUGAAAAAUAGUUUUAAUACCUUUAGAAGUGUGUAAACUUUUUUCAGGCCUUUAAGUCAGUUAUUAUACCAAAUUGUGAGCAAAAAGCGUGUAGGUUACUUAAAAGUGUUAAUAGAAUCCCAAAGUACUCAUAAGUAUCUUGGUAAUUUAGGAGAGAUAUAAAUCUAGUAAAAGAAGGUAUGGUGGUUCAACUAAAUAGAAGUCUUUGAUUUCUUUUUGUGGUAAAAAGUGACAAGAAAUUGUAUGUGAAAGUUUUAGUCAUCAAAAAGUACUUCUUUCUACUCAUGCACAAAACUACCUCCAAAGAGUUAUCCAAGAUCCCUUGCAUCAAAAAAUAAGGAGUAUAAUGGAAGACAGCACAAUCUUGUCAAAUUGGACAAAUAACAACAAACAAACAAUGAAGUAUGAUUUUUCAUGUGAGCUCUACAGAAUGUCUACAUAUUCAACUUUCCCCAUCGGUGUUCCUGUUUCAGAAAGGAGUCUUGCUCGUGCUGGUUUUUAUUACACUGGUGUGAAUGACAAAGUCAGAUGUUUCUCUUGUGGCCUGAUGCUGGAUAAUUGGAAACAAGGAGACAGUCCUAUUGAAAAGCAUAAACAGCUAUAUCCUAGCUGCAGCUUUAUUCAGAAUCUGGUUUCAGCUAGUCUGCAAGCCACCUCUAAGAAUACCUCUCCCUUGAGAAACCAUUUUGCACAUUCAUUAUCUCCUAGUUUGGAACGGAGUGGCUCAUUCAGCGAUUCUGUUUCCUGCCUUUCACCGAAUCCUCUUAAUUCUAGAGCUGUGGAAGACUUCUCUCCUUUGAGGACUAACCCCUAUAGUUAUGCAAUGAGUACUGAAGAAGCCAGAUUUCUUACUUAUAAUAUGUGGCCCUUAACCUUUUUGUCACCAUUGGAAUUGGCGAGAGCUGGCUUUUACUAUGUAGGACCUGGAGAUAGGGUAGCCUGCUUUGCCUGUGGUGGGAAGCUAAGUAACUGGGAACCAAAGGAUGAUGCUAUGUCAGAACACAGGAGACAUUUUCCCAACUGUCCGUUUUUGGAAAAUUCUCUAGAAACGCUGAGGUUUAGUAUUUCAAAUCUGAGCAUGCAGACACACACAGCUCGAAUGAGAACAUUUAUGUACUGGCCAGCUAGUGUUCCAGUUCAGCCUGAGCAGCUUGCGAGUGCUGGAUUUUAUUACGUGGAUCGCAAUGAUGAUGUCAAAUGCUUUUGUUGUGAUGGUGGCUUGAGAUGUUGGGAAUCUGGAGAUGAUCCAUGGGUAGAACAUGCCAAAUGGUUUCCAAGGUGUGAGUUCUUGAUACGAAUGAAAGGGCAAGAGUUUGUUGAUGAGAUUCAAGCUAGAUAUCCUCAUCUUCUUGAACAGCUGUUGUCAACUUCAGAUACUACUGGAGAAGAAAAUGCUGAACCAAUUGUUCAUUUGGGACCUGGAGAAAGUUCUUCAGAAGAUGCAGUCAUGAUGAAUACACCUGUGGUUAAAUCUGCUUUGGAAAUGGGCUUUAGUAGAAGUCUGGUAAAACAGACAGUUCAAAGUAAAAUCCUAACCACUGGAGAGAAUUAUAAAACAGUUAAUGAUAUUGUAUCAGCACUUCUUGAUGCUGAAGAUGAAAGAAGAGAAGAGGAGAAGGAAAGACAAGCUGAAGAAAUGGCAUCAGAUGAUUUGUCAUUAAUACGGAAGAAUAGAAUGGCUCUUUUUCAACAGUUGACAUGUGUCCUUCCUAUCUUGGAUAAUCUUUUAAAGGCCAAUGUAAUUAAUAAACAGGAACAUGAUAUUAUUAAACAAAAAACACAGAUACCUUUACAAGCAAGAGAACUGAUUGAUACCAUUUUAGUUAAAGGAAAUGCUGCAGCCAACAUCUUCAAAAACUGUCUAAAGGAAAUUGACUCUACAUUAUAUGAGAACUUAUUUGUGGGAAAGAAUAUGAAGUAUAUUCCAACAGAAGAUGUUUCAGGUCUGUCGCUAGAAGAACAGUUGAGGAGAUUACAAGAAGAAAGAACCUGCAAAGUGUGUAUGGACAAAGAAGUUUCUAUUGUGUUCAUUCCUUGUGGUCAUCUGGUAGUAUGCCAGGAGUGUGCCCCAUCUCUAAGAAAAUGUCCUAUUUGCAGGGGUAUAAUCAAGGGUACUGUUCGAACAUUUCUCUCAUAAAAGAAUAGGCUAUAUUUUAGUCUUUACCAAAAAGCCUUUAAGCUGUUGUUGAACAUUGCAAGCCAUCUAAAAUUAAAACAAGGAAUGUUUGGUUCUUUAUUUAGUAACAUUUAUGUUCUAUUCUAUUUAGGUAUGAAUAAUCUUAUUUCAAAAAGAGAUAGUAUUGUAUAUUUAAUCUUAAUUCGUUUAGUUGUAAGAGAAGACUUGUUUUUCAUGAACUAAAUCAGUAUGUAAGUGUGAACACAGGAAGAAUUAAAGGAGUAGUGUCAGUGUUGUUAUGGGUCAUUUCAGGAGUUACUGGAUUUGGUAUUUAUGAAAGCUUUGAGUACUACAUUACAGUAUAGUUGAAAAACUGUAAAUUAGUAACACUGGAAUUCAUCAGAGUUGUUAACAGAUUCUUUGGUGCUUUUCACUUGUUUUGUUAAGUAAGGAUUUUUCUGUUACUGAUAAACAAUAUUUCCCCUAACCUGUGAGAAACAAUAAAAUGCUUUAUAAUUAUUGUA